GACAGUCUCGUCUCUCAUUGGCUGAGCGUCUCUGUGCUCCUCGGUAAUCUCCGGCGGGUGUGUGUGUGUGUGUGUGUGUCGGUGCGCGGAUGGAGGCGGCGGUGCUGGAGCGGCGGAUGAUGGCGGAUGCUCGCGCUGAGCUGCAGGUGCAGAAGCUGCAGGAGCUCGUGAGGAGACUGGAGCGGCAGAACGAGCAGCUGCGGAGCUCCCGCUGCAUCCCGCCGGAUCCGUUCCCGUAUUUCCAGCCGCAUUCCGCCGCCGAGGAUGAAGAUGAGGAUGAGGAUGAUGAAGAGGAGCCGCGCGCGCUCCUGGACGAGCUGACGCUGCUGGACCUGCAGAGCUCGAGCGGAGAGUCAGACGAGACCUGGCUCUAUGUGUCUCCCAGGUCUCAUCUGCGGUCCGGCGCCGGUCUGGACGCUCUGAGGUGGACUCGACACGUUCUGGAUCAGCAGCGGCCCGAGCUCGGCCAGAGACUGGAGUCCGUCAGUAGAUGGAGGUCAGGCUUCUCCUCUCCUGUUUUUCCUCGUGCUCGUGUCGUUGGAGUUUCUCCUCUCUGCGCCUCCUCUCCCUCCUCCAAACCCUGUGCUCCCCUUCCCAGCAGCACCUCCUGUGAGAGAGCAGGUCGCAGCGUGAGGCGCAGUGUGUUCGCUCAGCCGUCGGUGGACAGCGAUGUGAGCGCGUCUGAGCCGGACGAUGAUGCUGUUUCUCUGGGCUAUAAGCUGCAGGACCUCACGGAUGUCCAGGUGAUGGCCCGACUGCAGGAGGAGAGUUUGCGUCAGGACUACGCCUCCACCUCCUCCUCUGUGAACCGCCGCAGCGCCAGCUUCUCCUUCCAGUUCGGUCAGCGCGGGGAUUCGCACCUGGACGAGGAGGAGGACGAGGAGGAGGAGGAUGAUGAAGACUACGGUCAGUUACCGCCACCGCAGCCACGUCUGAGUCGAGCCGGACCGCUGCAGCGCAGCCUGCCGCAUUCACACACCUUCAGCAGCAUCAGGGACUGGACGCAGACGCAGACGCAGACGCACUGCAGAGACACGCAGCCCAGCCUCAGGAGCAGCUCAGCUGAGGAGGAGUAUGCCGAACCUGCUGGCGUCUGCGGCUCUGAGUCCGUGUCGUCCGUGUCGUCCGUGUCGUCCGUGUCGUCCGUGUCCAUGAGGAACAGCCAGAGCUUCGACUCCUCCGGUGCUCUCACGCGUCUCCAGAGCUGCAUUCCGGCUCCAGCGCAGCUGCAGAACCGGGUCCAGAGCAUGGGGAACUUCUCGUCCCGUCAGCCGCUCAAAGCCACAGCGUACGUCAGUCCCACCGUCAAGGGCCCAUCGCCCAUCACCUCCUCCGUCAGCUUGCAGAGUCUGUCGGUCAGCGGGAUCCCUAAAGCAGCGGCGGCGGCGGCACGCAGCGGUCUGCCUCGGCCCUCGUCCUUCAUCAGCGCCGGCGCCGGCCCUCGAGGCAAACUCACCGCUCCGGUGCGCAGUUUGCUGCCGCCGCCGAAGAGCCUGGCGACGCUGAGCGCUCUGAGGGACGGAAGCUGGCGCGACGGAUGUUACUGACGAUUAGGGACGGGUCCGGAGCGCCCCGCUGGCCGGGCCGCUCGCUUUCUCACCAAGUGCUCUUGAGGAGGCUUCCAGAGCAAACGCAGCUCUGUAUGCAAACGCACUGAGGAUCUGAGAGAUCACACAUGCUGCUAAAUCAGGGGCUCCUCGUCCCUGCGCUGAAGCAAUCGGGCUGAAAAUAAACCACUUCAAACGCUUUGAAAAAUAAAGGUGCUUUAACGGUUCUUCACAGCGAUGCCAUAGAAGAACCGUUUUUGGUUCCACAGAGAACCAUCUCUUUAUAAUCUGAAGAACCUUUUUUGCCACAAAGAAGCUUUUGUGAAAAUGAUGUUAAAGGUUCUUUAUGGAACCAUUCAGACUAAAAAGGUUCUUUGUGAAGCACCUUUAUUUUUGAGCGUGUAUGAUUCAAUUUUUAUGAUUUCAAAGGUUUUAACCAAAAUUCAACAGGUUUUUAACUAUUUACAGGUACGUAAGAGUUUAAUGUGAAUAUGUUUAUAUGAUUAAUAGUGCUUUUUAACUUCUCAUACACUCUUAAUCACUGAUCUGUACGGACCAAUUAUUGCACCAUUUGUAAACGUAUUUGACUUCAAUGAAUGUUUUGAUUCUAAUUGUUCUUGAAUUAAUUUGAUGUUGCACUUUCCCUGUUAAUGUUUGUUUUAUCGCUGAUUAUUUCUUCAUUCUGUCUGGAAUCAGAGGCACUGUAGACGUAGCACUGUAUUUAUUUAGCUAUUUAAAAGCUAUCUUCUCAUCUUGUUUCCUUCAUUUAUUGUGUAAAAUAUAUUUAAAGGAGUGUUCUUCAUUGUUUUUGUAAAUGCGCCACAGUUUUCUUCUUAAAUAUUUCUGUAUGACUGAUAUUUUAAUGGGUGUGUCUGUAUUUAAAGUCCAAAUAAAGUUUUGUUUGUUUUUUAUGAUUGUGUGCUGCUGAUAAUGAUAUUUUUACAUCUGUUCUGGGAAUCUCUGCUUUAGUCAUAUUUAGAAUAAACUGCUCUCUACUGUACAUUGAUUCACAUUUCCUUCA